AUGAGGACCUACGACGACACUUUCUCGGGCCAGAGAAUCUACCCUGGCAAGGGUAAACUCUACGUCCGCGGCGACAGCAAGAUCUUCCGAUUCCAGAAUGGCAAGUCGGAGUCGCUCUUCCUGCAGCGCAAGAACCCCCGCCGCAUCGCCUGGACUGUUCUCUACCGCCGACAACACCGCAAGGGUAUCUCUGAGGAGGUUGCCAAGAAGCGCACCCGCCGCACCGUCAAGUCCCAGCGUGCCAUCGUCGGUGCUUCCCUCGAUGUGAUCAAGGAGAAGCGCUCCAUGCGCCCCGAGGCCCGCCGCGCCGCCAGACUGCAGGACAUUAAGGAUUCCAAGGCGAAGAAGGCCGAGGCUGAGAAGGCUAAGAAGGCUGAGAAGGCGAAGAAGGCUGUUGCCAGCAAGGGCCAGACCGGCCGCAUCCAGAGCAAGCAGGGCAGCAAGGGCGCACCGAUGAAGGUUCAGGCCACCACCCGUUAA